AUGCCAUUGAAGAAGGAUUACGAGCAUCGCGAACAAGUGAAAGUAGUGGCAGGCACCUAUGCAGGAAAGGAGGGUAUCUUCCUUAGAGCCAUCGGUGCCAAGAAAGUGAUGUGCGAUGUCGAAAUCCAGGGUGCUACUAAAUCGAUUUAUUACAGUUCCAUCCGUCCGGCUGCUACCCAUGCAGAAAAAAGGCGACAAGAGGAGGAAAUCAGAAGGCAAAAGCAAGAGAUCGAUCGGCAGCAACAAGAGAUUGAUGAACUAGUGGAAACCAUGCGAUCGAUGAACAUCACAAUGGGACGACUACAGGAAAAGGUGGAUGAGCUGGAACAUUUGAAAAGAAAGAAACUUUAA